UGGUGGCGAAAAAAAUAAUGAGCCAGAGAGCUCUAGCGCUUCUUCAGAACAAAUCAUACCUGCUACUAUUUCUAAAGAAAAAAUUUCAUUAGGUGGUGCAGGGAACUCUAUUGAUAUAGACAAAUUACUAUCAUCG